AAUGAGGUCAGACACGAGGCUCCUCAUUGCACGCGCUGAUUAUUAUUAGAUUCCAUUUUUGGCCAAUCGGGGGCGAGGUGGGCGUGGAUUUCGCGCAGAGCAGGGUAGUGACAGCCUCCCAUUGGUGGAUUUUUAUCGCCGUUGUAUCGCGGGGAAGGGAUAAAUACCAGCAAGUGGGGCCGGGACUGGAGGGCUGCUUGAAACUCGACUGCAAGUCUGCAGAUGGAAGGCGGACAGUGUAACUCUAGGUUCCUUUUUUUCCUCCCCAGCAUGCAUGGCUUUUGUUUCUAGGAGAGGGGACAGAGCUGAUGCAGAGAAAAGCACUUACCUUGCUCACUGCAGGCUACUUGGGAGCCCUUUGUAAGAGCCCGGGCGCACAGUGUGGCACUCAGUCUGCGCUCAGCAGCUGCACAGACUAUGUUCAGUCACCACACGGCUGAAUUGAUCUUAUAACACAGGAGGGAGAGAGAGACAAGAGAACAGUGGAGAGUGGGCUGUCCCUGUUGUUUUGAUCACCUACAGAAACUGGAAAUUAAACUUUUUCUUCUUCAUCUUUUCACAUCUAGCCUUUUAAGGCUACACUGGACUUGAACUGUUCCGAGUUUACCGCACAUCUCAGGAGUGAAUUAUUUUUUUUCAUUAUUUUUUAAACUCAAACUGUGAAGAGGGGAGAGCGAAAGAGCUGAGUUUGCUUUAAAGUGAAUCGGAGGGACCAAGGAGAGAGGGAGAGAAACUGAGCGAGUACACUGCUCUCCCUCUGUGUGUGUGUGUGUGUGUGUGUGUGUGUGUGCGUGUAUAACUGGGCAGCAUGGUGCAGAAAAUGAGCCACACGGAGAGUACCGCCGAGGCACUGUCCUUUUUCGCCGGAGAUUCAAGCUCCGACUCCGGGGCGUGCAUGGACCUGGACCCGGCCGCCUCGCCUCUCUCCCCGGCUUCGACCGCCGGGGACAAGCUGGGGGAGAACCCGGCGUGGUGUAAAACGCCCAGCGGCCACAUCAAGAGACCCAUGAAUGCGUUCAUGGUGUGGUCCCAGAUCGAGAGGAGGAAGAUCAUGGAGCAGUCCCCAGACAUGCACAACGCCGAGAUCUCCAAGAGGUUGGGGAAGCGGUGGAAGCUUCUCAGGGACAGCGACAAGAUCCCCUUCAUCAGGGAGGCGGAGCGGCUCAGGCUCAAGCACAUGGCGGACUACCCCGACUACAAGUACCGGCCGAGGAAGAAGGUGAAAUCAAGCGCUUCCAAGCCUGGUAGUAACGGGGACAAGAGUGAGAAACUCAACGGUAACUCCAACAACACCAGCACUAAGACAUCAUCAUCUUCCAGGAAGAACGGAUCCAAAUCACCCAGCAGCAGCAAACCCCACAAAUCACUUUUCGGGAGCAGCAGCAGUAGCAGCACCAAAGCAUCACCGUUUGCCUCCGAGCACACGUCAGAGCACCACCACCACAACUCUCUCUACAAGUCGAAAUCCGUCUCCUCGGCGGCCAAGCAGAUACCGGACGGCAAGAAGCCCAAGCGGGUGUACGUCUUCGGGAGCAGCGGGGCCAACUUGAGCGUCAGCCCCGCGUCCUCCGUCGUGGUGCCCGCCAGCCCGACGCUCAGCAGCUCGGCGGACUCCAGCGACCCGCUCAGCCUGUACGAGGACGCGGCCAGCGGCAGGGAGGAGGGGGCCGACUCCCCCGGCAGCGGCGGCAGCCUAGGCGGGUCUUCGGAGCGCAACGGCGGGCACACGUACAGCAGUCGGCGGGCUUCCUCGCCGACUCCCUCCGGCUCCCACUCCUCCGCGUCGUCCCACUCGUCCGCCUCCUCUUCCUCGGAGGACGAAGAGUUCGAGGACGACUUGCUCGACAUUAACCCGAGCCCCAGCUUUGACACCAUGUCGAUGGGCAGCUUCGGCUCCUCGGUGCUGGACAGGGACUUAGAUUUGAACUUUGAGUCCGGCUCCGGCGGCUCCCACUUUGAGUUCCCCGACUACUGCACGCCCGAAGUCAGCGAAAUGAUAUCCGGGGACUGGCUGGAGUCCACCAUCUCCAACUUGGUGUUCACGUACUGAGUGAGCAAAAAGCAAAAAAAACAAAACAACAAAGACAAAAAACGACAGGUAAAUGUCCUGCGAGCUUAAGAUAUGCCCACGAACAGAAACAGCAGUUCCUGGUAGAGGGGGCGUCCUAGUUUGUGUUAUAACUAGCCUACAACAGACUAGUAAAAGCCCUGAAACUAGUCCCGUCUCGUCCAAAUAAGACAAGAGCUGCAAAUCCUUUUGGAAAGCUAAAACUUUAAAGCGAAUAACUUGUCUUUUUCUUCGGGCGCGUGGACUGGGGACUCGAUGCCACCACACAAGUGGAGCGCCGACACGAGCAGGGGGAGAGCACGAGGGGGGCUGGUUCUGUUUCCGGACGGUGAAACGCUCAGUCCCGACCUUGUUUUUGAACUAAACAACUUAACUGUGAUUGAUUUGCACGUUAUGCGGUCCGCCGUUCACUUAAUCAAUGUUGUUGCCGUUUUUUAAAUAAAAGAGAAAAAAAAGGGACAUUUCACAACUUUUUUUUACCAAUCGCCAAGUGAACUUCACCACUAAAAAGGUACAGAAAUAGGACUGUCGUGCGACUUUUCUUUUUUUUUUCCUUUUUAAAAAGAAACUUUUUUUUUUUUUAAUUGUGUCACCGAGAGGGAUUUUUUUUUUUAAUGAAACCGAGGUGGGUUGAUGUUUUUUUUUUUAAAGUCGACUAUUUUUCUCAAAAAGCAAAAAACAUGUCAAGCAUGAUGGCCUACUGUGUUCCUAUCUUGUGCUGAGAUUUUCUGUGAGACUGUCGAGCAGUUUAAAACUAGUAUUAGGAUUAUUUAAAUGGGUAGGUGGCGCUCGCUUUCGGUUCUUCUCUUUAAAAAAAAAAAAAAAAAAAAAAAAAAAAAGGACAUUGAAAUAAUCACCAGCUGUUGUAAUUUUUUCGAACUUCAGGAUUCAAACGCAACUUCAAAUCUGUGCUGAACUUUAUACACGUGUUCUCUACUAUUCAGGACCAAAAUUAUUUCAUUUCAGAUGAUAGCUAUAGAGAAAUCCUCAAUUUUGUUUUUUCAUCCUCUGAGCUUUGUUUUGUACAUGUAUUCAGAUGCCAUUUUAUAUGGGAUGUUGUAUUUAUAUACUGGGCCAAGCAUUUUUGGACUUGAUCAUUUUUUUUUAAAUUUCUUGUAUACAUGAUCUAGUCCUGUUUCUUUUUCUUACACGGUUGUUUGUCAGUAUGUCUGUGUCUGUCACAUUUCCUUCUCAGGCGAAGGGCUAGAGUUUUCAAAACACAACUUUUGAUUUCAUUUUAUAUUUAGAUGUACACACUUUUUGGACACUUAAAAGAGAGGACACAGUUUGAUUAUUUUCUCAGUGUAUUUUUGUACAAAUCUAUAUAGAAAAAGGGGGAGUCAACAAUCGGUGUGUGUAGCCUGCUAAUACAGCUGUAUUGGAUUUCCUAAUGUUAAUACCCUGGCAGGCUGGUUUUCAUGCUGCCUUCAAGUGGUCAUGGUAAGCUCGUAUCUUAUUAUUUUGUAUCGCCUGUUCAGAGGCUUUUGUAAAGACAGCCAGCAAAAUAGACCUUCUAUCACUGUGGUGCCUAUUGUUUGUUUUUAAGAAAUGAAAGGCACCAAGGUAUUUUUUACUCAUGUGACCCAACCAGAGGAGAUCAUAUUAUCCAGGUGUGUUAUUGGUGUUUUAAUUCACAAAUCUGGCAAACUUUCUUUAACUUUUACCAGCACAUACUGACAAGACUCCUUUGAUGUCCAAUCUCGAACAUCCACAAUUGUCAGUCCAGGCAUGAUAUACCUAAACCACAAAGUUAAAGGAUGCAAUUACGAUUUCUUCCGACAGCACUUGAAAGCAGCACCAGCCUAUGUAUCUGCCUACCGUCUACGUUUACAGUGCCAGUCUGCAGGCUCCUUAAAGAUACAAGAAUGCAUUAUUUCUAGAGGCUAUUCCUUUGGACCAUGUGGGUUUAACAGCAUCACUAUCUUAAGCAGCCACUUGUUUUUGUUUUUUUGCAUUUCCCUUCAGAGUGCUUGCCUAUGACAACAAAUGAGGAGAUUGUAGCUUUACAUUUGACAUAUUUCUUGAUGUUUUCAUUAAUUGAUGUCACUUUUGCCAAUCCACCUCUGGAUUGGACAGGCUAUCAAUACAGCAAGCAAACAACAAGGAUGAUAACAUCAAGCAUAUUCAAAUUUCUGACUUGAGUUCCGCAACACCUACUUGUUCUGCGUUUCUCAUUGUAUUUGAAUAUAUAAUCUUUUGUACUUGUCAGCUAACUAUUAGCUAAUACUUGUUUUAGUAUCUUUAUGGCAUGGUGAAUAGCAUUUGUAUUUCAGAUUCAGGUUAUUAGCUGUUGUGUUUUUCAGAAAAAAAGAAAAAAUGAGGAAAAACGAUGAAACGUGAACUCGAUCUUUGUAUAUUUGACUGUAUCAUAAAGCAAAAAGAUUGUGUGUUUAUGUACGUUGUUGCUAUCGAGGACAGGCACUGUCUAGAACUGCUAUCUUUUACACAUCCUUACUUACAUUUAAGGUGGUCAGUUCAGGACUCUUUUUUUAUAUAUAUAUGAAAGCAUUUUUAAAUAUAUUGACUUUAUUUUUCAUCCAUUCUGUGCAAUAUGCUGUGUAGAAUUAUCAUUUAUUGUCUCUAAUCAUGCCAUAAACAAAGGAACCACCCUUUUUUUGAGACUCGGACAAAGGGGGGGAUCUCAUGCCAGCUAAAUUGUGUUCAUUCACUGCCUGUCAGAUUGUUGAUAUAAACUUGUGUACAGAACUUUUUCAAGGAAGGAAAUAAAUAUCAGCUGGAACUGAAA